GGCGAUAGUAUAAGAGAGGAGGCAGAGGUUAACCUGACAGUGAGAUAGGACAUUCCUCCGAUGAAUCUCAGCAUUGUUGGUGGGAUUCACAAGAAAUGAGAGAUUCACCAAGAAAUCCAGCAAAUGAAGAUAAACCUGCUUCAGUCAGGGCAGCAAACAUGACAAAGUCAGUUGAGGUUACAAUACCACCAUGUACAGGAAAAGAAGGAGACAGUCAGAAUGGGGAAGAGAAGAAGAAAGAAAAUGCACUGAGUGUUGGAUAUUUUCAGCUGUUCAGAUUUGCCACUUGGAAAGACAUUCUGAUGAUGGUGGUGGGGAGUUUGUGUGCCCUUAUACACGGUGCAGCAUCACCUCUCAUGCUCCUCGUUUAUGGCAUGAUGACAAAUACAUUCGUGGAUUAUGAGCUUGAGAUCCAAGAACUGAAAGACCCCAACAAGGAGUGCAUCAACAACACUGUUUACUGGAUUAACGGCUCUGUGUAUGAAACUGAUGAAAACAGCACAGUCUACUGUGGGGUGGAUAUUGAAGCACAAAUGACCUUGUUUGCUUAUUACUAUAUUGGAAUUGGAUUGGGAGUUCUGCUUGUUAGUUACUUCCAGAUUACAUUCUGGGUGACAGCGGCCGCAAGACAAACUCAGAGAAUCCGAAAGACUUAUUUCAGAAAAGUAAUGAGAAUGGAGAUUGGAUGGUUUGACUGCAACUCUGUGGGUGAACUAAACACAAGGAUAGCUGAUGACAUCAACAAGAUUAACAAUGCCAUCGCUGAUCAGGUGUCUGUAUUUAUUGAGAGGAUCUCUACAUUUGUGUUUGGCUUCAUGGUUGGAUUCAUUGGUGGGUGGAAGCUGACUCUGGUGGUCAUAGCAGUGAGCCCCCUGCUUGGUAUAGCUGCUGCACUAAUGGCUAUGGCUGUGGCCAGACUGACAGGACGAGAGCUGAAGGCCUAUGCAAAGGCAGGGGCAGUGGCUGAUGAGGUCCUAUCAUCCAUCAGAACAGUAUCAGCUUUUGGAGGAGAAGAAAAAGAAGUGGAAAGGUAUGACAGAAACCUCGUGGAAGCUCAGAACUGGGGAGUUAAAAAGGGGGCAAUCUUAGGAGUGUUUCAGGGAUACCUGUGGUGCAUCAUUUUCCUCUGCUAUGCUCUGGCGUUUUGGUACGGCUCUAAACUGGUCAUUGAUACCAAGGAGAUGUCUCCUGGUACUCUUAUUCAGGUUUUCUUUGGCGUACUGAUGGCAGCACUCAACCUUGGCCAAGCCUCACCAUGCCUGGAGGCCUUCGCGUCUGGUCGUGCUGCUGCAAAGACUAUCUUUGAUACAAUUGACCGGGAACCGGAAAUUGAUUGUCUAUCAGAAGAGGGUCACAAAUUAGAGAAAGUAAAGGGUGAUAUUGAGUUCCAUAAUGUCACUUUCCAUUACCCAUCCCGGCCUGAAGUCAAGAUUUUAGAUAAUCUGAGCAUGCAGAUCAAAGCAGGAGAAACCACUGCGUUUGUUGGACCGAGUGGAUCUGGAAAGAGCACCACAGUCCAGCUCAUUCAAAGGUUUUAUGACCCAAAGGAAGGAAUGGUGUCUUUGGAUGGCCACGACAUCCGUACUUUGAACAUCCAGUGGCUGCGCUCUCUCAUUGGCAUUGUUGAGCAGGAGCCGGUGCUUUUUGCCACCAGCAUUGCAGAGAACAUCCGGUUUGGUCGAGAUGGAGUAACCAUGGAAGACAUUAUCCAGGCAACAAAGCAAGCUAAUGCCUACAAUUUUAUUAUGGACCUUCCACAGAAAUUUGAUACUCUGGUGGGUGAAGGUGGAGGCCAGAUGAGUGGAGGGCAGAAGCAACGUAUUGCUAUAGCUCGUGCUCUCAUCCGAAAUCCCAAGCUCCUCUUGCUGGAUAUGGCCACAUCUGCCCUGGACAAUGAAAGUGAAGCUAUAGUCCAGGCAGCACUGGAUAAUGCACGCACAGGCAGGACAACGAUUUCCAUAGCCCACCGUCUUUCCACGAUUAGAAAUGCAGAUAUUAUUAUUGGAUUUGAGCAUGGGCAGGCUGUGGAGAGAGGAACACACAGCGAGCUACUACAGAAGCAAGGCGUUUACUUCACUCUGGUCACCCUGCAGAACCGAGGCCAAUUCAACGCAACUAGUGAUGUGAUCAGUGAAGAAGACCUUGAUCUAAAAGCUCGCAGUUUCAGCCAUGGAAGCCACAGAUCCAGUAAAAGGAGCUCUCUUCGACUGCGAUCUCAGAGCCAGUUAUCAAAUGAGUUUGUCCCUGAUGCACUAUCAGGCAGCCUCAGGAUUACUUUGGACAACAAUAUCACAUCACAAAAUCAGCUUGAUGAUGUGGAUGAACAUGUAGAGUCUGCUCCAGUUGCACGCAUCCUUAAGUACAACAAGGCGGAAUGGCCCUACAUGCUGCUUGGCUCACUGGGAGCUGCUGUCAACGGCUCCGUCAGCCCCGUCUAUGCUGUGCUGUUUAGCCAGAUUCUUGGGACUUUUGCCAUCCGUGACUUGAAUGAGCAGAGGGAGCAGAUCAAUGCGAUAUGUGUUCUAUUUUGCAUCGUAGCAGUGGCUAGUUUCUUUUCACAGUUUUUACAGGGAUAUUCUUUUGCUAAAUCUGGAGAGCUUUUAACCCGCCGUCUGAGAAAAGUGGGCUUCCAUGCCAUGUUGAGACAGGAGAUUGGUUGGUUUGAUGACCCUAGAAACAGUCCUGGAGCUCUGACCACCAGACUGGCCACAGAUGCAUCCAUGGUGCAGGGGGCAACGGGGUCCCAGAUUGGCAUGAUCGUUAACUCACUGACCAGCAUAGGAGUCUCUUUCAUCAUUGCCUUCUACUUCAGUUGGAAAUUAACAUUGGUAAUUAUGUGCUUCCUGCCGCUCAUUGGGUUGUCUGGGGUAUUCCAAGCCAAAAUGCUGACAGGUUUUGCAAAUGAAGAUAAAAAAUCCAUGGAAGCAGCAGGUCGGGUAUCCAGUGAGGCUCUUACCAACAUCAGGACCAUUGCAGGCUUGGCCAAAGAGAGCUCAUUUGUGGAAUCAUAUGAGCAGAAACUUGAACUUCCUUACAAGUCCGCCAAGAAGAAAGCCAACAUUUAUGGGCUCUGUUUUGGUUUUGCUCAGUGUGUCAUCUUCCUGGCUUAUGCUGCUUCAUUUAGAUACGGAGGCUUCCUGGUCAGCUCUGAGGGGUUGCAAUACAUGAUUGUUUUUAGGGUGAUUUCAGCCAUUGUGAUCAGUGGGACGGCACUGGGAAGAGCUUCCUCAUUCACUCCGGAUUAUGCCAAAGCCAAAACUGCUGCUGCUGAGUUUUUCAAACUAUUGGACAGAGUUCCUAAAAUUAGCACAAGCCACUCAGAUGGAAAGAAAUGGGACAACUUCAGAGGGGAAAUAGAGUUCCUUGACUGCAAAUUUACCUAUCCAACACGUCCGGACACCCAGGUGCUGAAAGGCCUACUUGCGUCUGUGAAGCCUGGUCAGACUUUGGCGUUUGUUGGGAGCAGCGGUUGUGGGAAAAGCACCAGCAUUCAACUGCUGGAAAGGUUUUAUGACCCUGAUGAAGGUCAAGUGCUGAUUGAUGGCCACCCAUCUCAUUCAGUCAGUGUGCCCUUCCUAAGAUCUCAGAUUGGAAUAGUGUCCCAGGAGCCAGUUUUGUUUGACUGCAGUAUAGCUGAGAACAUACAGUAUGGAGAUAAUUCCCGGAACAUCAGCAUGGAAGAGAUUAUUGAAGCAGCUAAGAAGGCUUAUCUUCAUGACUUUGUGAUGACGCUUCCAGAUAAAUAUGAAACUCAGGUUGGUGCCCAGGGCUCCCAGCUGUCAAGAGGACAGAAACAACGCAUCGCUAUUGCGCGUGCUAUUGUCAGGAACCCCAAGAUCCUGCUGUUAGAUGAGGCCACCUCUGCCCUGGAUACUGAAAGUGAAAAGACGGUGCAGGCUGCUCUGGAUGAAGCGAGAAAAGGACGAACCUGCAUUGUCAUUGCUCACCGGCUGUCAACCAUCCAGACUGCAGAUAUCAUUGCAGUGAUGUCUCAUGGAGUUGUCAUCGAGCAAGGCACACACAAUAAACUCAUGGCCAAAAAGGGCGCCUAUUACAAACUGGUAACAACAGGUGCCCCUAUCAGCUAAGCACCUGCAGAAUCAUAUGGUGAGCAUAGAAAAGAAAUUAACUUUGUAUUUGCAGAGGCAUUUAGUUGCACACUUGAACUAAUUAUAAUCUAAUAACAUCACAGUUGGAAAGACUUCCUUGAAACACCCUCAUUACUAAUCAUUAACCUGAAGAAUCAGUUUCUGUUAUCAGUUAAUUAUGCAGUGAUUAAGCUCGUUUUUUUGUGUAUUUAUUUGUCUAUAAGGAAAGUUUAUAAAUCAAAGGAUAAAGAAAGUUCU